GCGCGUCGCGUGAGCUGCGCCCGCCAGCUUCAAAGAUGGCGGCGGUAGCUUCGGCGCCUGUAGCGAACGCGUCCCACUGCCCAGAGCUGGCUCGGGCAACGGAGCGAAGAUUAUCUGAACAGUGCCUGUUGGUUUUUCCAAACGUCCCACAAAGAAGCAGUGCAUGUCUCUUGAGGAGCCCUGACCUUUAGCAACUUGAUAAUAGCUAUCUGGAUAUCACUAGCAUUUCCCAUGUUAACAGUUCUGAGCAUGUUUUACUACAUUUGCCUUCGACGCAGAGCCAGGACAGCUACAAGGGGUGAACCUAUGAACAAUCGGAGAGCUAUUGAAUCAAACAGAGCCUUACCUAUCAAUGUCGAAGUGGUCCAAUAUGCCAAAGAAGUGUUGGAUUUCAGUUCCCAUUAUGGUAGUGAAAACAGCAUGUCAUACACCAUGUGGAAUUUGGCUGGAACUCCUAAUGUGUACCCUAGCUCUGGUGACUUCACACAGACUGCUGUAUUUCGGACUUACGGAACUUGGUGGGAAGUCUGUCCUAGCGCACGAUCACCUUUCACAAGGACACCAUCCAAUUUCCAUAGUCACGACUAUGUAGAGCUUGCUUUUGAUGAACCAGUUUAUCCCACAGCAAUACAUGUCCUGGAAACCUAUCACCCUGGUGCUGUUGUUAGGAUUUUGGCAUGUUCUGCAAGUCCUUAUUCCCAAACGCUGCCUGCUGAAGUAAGAUGGGAAAUCCUUUGGUCAGAGCCACCCACCAAGGUAAAUUCGCCUCAGGCACGUCGGUUUGCACCUAGUAUCAAACGGAUAAACUUUCCUACAAACCUGAUUCGUCUAGAAGUGAAUAGUUCUCUUCUGGAUUAUUACACCGAGUUGGAUGCAGUAGUACUACAUGGUUUGAGAGAGAGGCCUGUGCUUUCUCUUAAUACCUCAUUGAUUGAUAUGAAUGAUCUAGAUGAUGAUGAUGAAGAUGGAGAGCAAGACAGCUGCAGCAUGGACAGCCUUAAUAAGCAGUUUAGUGCGGCUGCCUUCAAGGAAUGGACAACUAAUGGAUACUUUGAUAAAUUGCCUUAUGAGCUUAUCCAGUUGAUUUUGAGUCACCUUGCAGUCCCAGAUCUGUGUAGACUAUCGCAGACAUGUAAGCUACUUUAUCAGCACUGCUGUGAUCCUCUACAGUACAUUCACCUUAGUUUGCAACCUUAUUGGGCAAGAAUAAACGACACAGCUCUAGAAUACCUACAGUCUCGCUGUAUCCUUGUCCAGUGGCUGAAUUUAUCUUGGACUGGAAACAGAGGAACCAUUUCUCUAUCUGCUUUUAGCAGAUUCUUGAAGGUUUGUGGUUCAGAACUAGUGCGCCUGGAGUUGUCUUGUGGUCAUUUCCUCAAUGAGGCUUGCUUGGAGGUCAUUGCUGAGACAUGUCUGAAUCUUCAAGAAUUAAAUCUCUCCUCCUGUGAUAAGCUACCACCUCAGGCUUUCAAUCACAUUGCCAAGUUGUGCAACCUUACACGUCUAAUUCUCUACCGAACGAAAGUAGAGCAAACAGCACUGCUCAGCAUUCUGAACUUCUGUUCAGAUCUUCAGCACCUCAGCCUGGGUAGCUGUGUAAUGAUUGAAGACUAUGACACAAUAGCUAGCAUGAUGGGAGCCAAGUGCAAAAAUCUUCGUACACUGGAUUUAUGGCGAUGUAAAAACAUUACUGAAAAUGGAAUAGCAGAGCUAGCUUCCGGCUGUCCACUGUUGGAGGAGCUGGAUCUUGGCUGGUGCCCAACCCUUCAGAGCAGCACCGGCUGCUUUGCGCACCUUGCGCGUAAACUCCCAAACUUGCAAAAGCUCUUUCUGACAGCCAACAGGUCUGUGUGUGACUCCGACAUAGAUGAACUUGCUGCAAAUUGUACUAAUCUCCGGCAGCUUGAUAUCUUGGGCACAAGAAUGGUGAGCCCUGCUUCUUUAAGAAAAUUGCUGGAGUCUUGCAAAGAUCUUUCCUUACUUGACGUGUCCUUCUGUUCACAAAUUGAUAAUAGAGUUGUCCUAGAACUGAAUGCCAAUUUUCCUAAUGUGCUCAUCAAGAAGAGUUUCACUCAGUGACUCACUUCAUAUGCUGCUAUAUGGAAUUGAUUUGACAAUUCCGUUUCCUGUGAAUUUGUGCUGACUUUUUUCAAAGAAAAAUAUUCUGUGAAUAAUGGGUAAAAGUUAACUCUUCUUGACAUGAAGGUUAAACGUCAAAUCAAAGAUUUAAAAUGUGAUAAGCCAUUAUUCCGUGUACAGUUCCCAGUUACUGUACUUCACAAGUGGACCUCCAUAUUUGAACUAGAAAUAAUCAUGUAAAUGUAAGGUGGCAUACUUUUAAAUGCAUAUUAAGGAGCAUUCAUGACUGCUUGGAUGUUAACAGUGAAAUAAGUUUGUAGCAA